GUUACCAAAGUGCGCUGUGGGAAGCUUGCAGAAAAUAACAAGCAGAUGUACCGAAAAGCUGUUCACAUAUAACAGACGGGUGUGCUCGACUAUCAUGAGGUGAGUCGCAGAUCACGUUGUUAAGAGAACAGUGAGUGAUUUUAUGCUGCACUACGUCCACAGACGUCUGGUUUUCUUGACGUCAGGAGAAGUCUGAACGGACCCAGCGCUGCGCACAAGCACAGCAACCACAUCGCUCCCAGAGGGAAGGAGAACACAUCACAGCUACAGAUCGCCAUUUAGCUGUAGUGUGGCGAAUCCGAUCAGCAUUGUAGGAUGCCUCUUGGAGAGGAUGGAAAUGGAUGGAAAAAGAAGACAUCAGACAUCAAAGAACAUUAUGACUUCAAAGAAGUGCUGGGAACGGGAGCUUUCUCAGAGGUGGUUCUAGCAGAGGAGAAGAGGACCCAGAGGUUGGUGGCCAUCAAAUGCAUCCCCAAGAAAGCGUUGGAAGGCAAAGAGAACAACAUCGAAAAUGAGAUUGCUGUACUACACAGAAUCAAGCACCCCAACAUUGUUACGCUGGAGGACAUCUUCGAAAGUACAUCCCAUCUAUAUCUUGUCAUGCAGCUGGUAUCUGGAGGUGAGCUGUUUGACAGGAUUGUGGAGAAAGGUUUCUACACAGAGAGAGAUGCCAGCCAACUCAUCCACCAGAUCUUGGAUGCAGUCAAAUAUCUCCACGAUAUGGGGAUCGUCCACAGAGACUUGAAGCCGGAGAACUUGCUGUAUUACAGCAUGGACGAAGACUCCAAAAUUAUGAUCAGUGACUUUGGACUGUCGAAGAUCGAAGGAGCAGGCAGUGUCAUGUCCACAGCCUGCGGUACUCCUGGAUAUGUGGCUCCUGAGGUGCUCGCUCAGAAGCCGUACAGCAAAGCAGUGGACUGCUGGUCCAUAGGAGUUAUUUCAUAUAUUCUGUUAUGUGGAUAUCCUCCAUUUUACGAUGAAAACGAUGCCAAGCUAUUUGAGCAGAUUCUGAAAGCAGAGUAUGAAUUUGACUCUCCGUACUGGGAUGACAUCUCAGAUUCAGCCAAAGACUUCAUCUGUCACCUGAUGGAGAAAGAGCCUUUGAAGAGAUAUACAUGUGAGCAAGCACUCCAGCAUCCAUGGAUCUGUGGAGACACAGCUCUGGACAAGAAUAUCCACGAAUCUGUCAGCGCUCAAAUUAAGAAGAACUUUGCCAAAAGUAAAUGGAAGCAAGCAUUUAAUGCCACAGCAGUGGUGCGCCAUAUGCGGAAGUUGCAGCUGGGCACCAGUCUCGAGGGACCCAGUCAAAUUACUCCCACCAGUCCCUGCCAUGGACAUCUGCUCCCAGAGGAAGAGGAGGAGGAGGAGGAAGAUGAUUUGGGGAAUGGGGAGGAGGAAAGCUUGUCCCAUUAUGAGGACGGCCGUCGUGGAAGCACCGAGGGCAGCACAGAUCGGGACAGCCUGAGAAGCUGCACUUAUUGCUGCAGGCCAGCCAGUCGCGUCUGAGCACGACCUCCCAUUGUCAUAGUGACUUUGUAUCCCUGGAGCACCCAGAGCCCACCCACCCAGUCUGGCCAGGAAUGCAGAGUAGUUAUCAGGCAGUGUCCACCAGAGUAUAUCCACAGCAAGCAGGUCACUGUCAAAAAAAAAAAAAAAACAGAAUGAAAAGCUGCUCCGAGUCACAGUAAUUUAGAGAAAGGGCCUGUCUGCAUGAUCAUCUUGAAAUAAACCCCUAGCAAUCUAACAUGUAGUUGUCCUUUGAGCAGCUAAAGCAGACAGUGGUCAUUUGGCAGUGUACAUUAGAAAAAAGUGGUUCUGGAUGUUAGCUUCAGAAAGGAUCCAAGACUCUGGAGUCUUAAUCAAAGACGAGCCAUUGGCCCAAAGGUAGUGUUCUCUAUUAUUUUUGUUCUCACAUUAUCUGUCACAUCUACCUCUAACCGCAAUUACUGUCUGUCUACAUCCAUCUGGCUUACACGCUCUACAUUACUGGCAGCUUUCUCUAAAAAUCUAGCCAGACAGGGCACAAAAAAAGGGGGGGGAACGCUCUCACGUGGGAAACAGUACUGAAAGUUAAUCCUGCAUGUCUUUGUACUCUUUACCUAUCAAUGUGACUCGGUCCAGUCACUGACCAAGUAGCUGUUUAGUUAAAUAAAUUGAAUCUCAAGCCUUCACUGCUGAUGCCACCUUGCCCAUUUGUUUUGUUCGGUCACUCUGUCGUUUUUUUCUCACAUUAAGUGUUUCUGUCCUUUUAUAAGUGUCUAGUUUAAAGCGGUUUUUGGAAAGUGGAGGGUGAUUCUGGAGGUUAUGAACUCUAUAUUCUGGCUCAGACUGGGUUUGUGAAGAGUGGUUCUGACCUGGAGUGUCUGCAUGCUUCUGUUUGGGGAAAAAACAUUGAAAUGUAUGAAUAUCAAAUGGAGAUUUCUUUUGUUUUUAUGGCUGUUCUGUUAUCAGAGGCUCAAACUGAGAUCCCCAUAAGUCUGUAAAAAUCACAGGAAUCUGACCUUCUGCCAUCAUGUUUUGGGAUGAGUUAUUUUGAAGGUGUAGAGACUUUCUUUAUGCGUAUAGGAAGAAAAUGUUCAUAUUCACAUCAACGCUCAUCCUCGCAUUCUGUUCCUGGCAAGCGUCUGCCGUCAAUCUUAUGCUGAGUCGGAGGGAUCUCAGUCUGGGUGCUCCGCCUGCUCUGUGCUGUGCACCUCUAGUGGAAGAAGUUUUGGUCUACUGUUUGCAUGACCUGGUUAAAUAUGUUUACAUGAAUGAUGAUCAAUUAGUAUAAACACACAUGAUUAUUAUUACUCUGUUGUAUUGAAAAAUGAUGUAAUACUGUAAUUUUGAGCUAUAUAAUGUGAAGUGAGUAACACCAGAAGUAAUGUUGUUGACAAAGUACAACACAACAGACUAUGAUGGUCUAGUCUCUACCUGAGUGACAAUUCUCCUGUACUAUGUUUAUUUACAACUCAAGAUAUUUUUUUCAGUCUGUUUUCUUGCCGUUGCUUACGUGGAAUCUCUUAAGCUGUUUAUCUCCCAGGCACAAGCAGAAAAAAUACACAUAUCUUAAUUUUACACAGGUGCCAGCCAGAGUGCAAAACAUGAAAAAAAAUUAAUAUAUAUAUAUAUAUAUAUAUCACGGGGCUUCAAAUGUCACCUGUCUGCCAUGAGAGUAGCCUUCAGUGUCAAGCUGUACUUGUCCUCCUGAGUAGAUGAACUACAGUACUAAAGCCAUACAGUGAAGCGAUGAUGUUUUACUGUAGAUUCAGAUAUGUCGUCAUCUCGACUCAGAUGAAGGACAAUGAAGAAAAUUGAAGCAAAGUUCAGACUCCCUGCGACACUCUAAUCCUGAUAUUAAUCAUACCACACCAUUUUUAAUUUAAGGUAUGCCGUGACAUAACGCCAUAUUAUUAUUAGUUAGAUGUAGAGAUAACCAACCAGCCCAUAAAAAAAUUGUGUUGCCCACAUAAAACCGGUUCUCUCAAUCUGUCAUUGAAACUUUCAGGUCCAUAGUUCAGUAAAACAAGGCAAUCACUCUGGAUUUACAUGACUGUAAUUGUGGAAAAUAUGCAAAAUGUGUGUGAAGGGCUUCAUGUUAACUGUAAGAUAGCCAGUGUUGAUGACUUUGACAGCCUGGCUAUUAUUUGUUUGGUAAUGACCUUAUGUUUAACCUUACCUGGGAUUUGUUUCCACUUGGCUGUGUAUUUUUCUUAAUUUCUUUAUUUUUAAAAGCUUAUUUUACCCAUUACAAACACUGCAUAAAGAAACAAAUGUAUAUUAUAUAUAUAAAUAUAAGUAUAUAUUGUAUAUCCUUUUUUGUAAAAGCUGUUUUGAGCUACAAAUGUAUGGAUGCAAUGCAUCAUGGGUUAUUGAACAAGAUGUAAGAAAAUACAAUGAUUUGUACCCACAAAGAUAUGAUUGCAGUUAAUGAAAUAAAACUUCCUUGUCUAUGCA